UUGUUAGUGAAGAAACUACUAUUAUUGUAAGGAGUCAUAAUACUACUCGGGGGACUUGUGAUAAUUUUCUAGUACAAGUUAGUAAUUAAUUACACUUAUUAGUCACCAAAAUAAAAAUCCAUAAAUAAAUAUAUAAAUAAAUUUGAUCCAAAAACAAACAUUAAUUAAAAUAUCCCACUAGCUUCACUCAUAUUCAUUAAUGCUGCAACCUAAUUCCCACAAGCUUACAAGCAAACCCAAUCAAUUACGUAAAAGCUUCACUUUCACAGUUCACUGAAAAUAACCCACCACACAUGGACAAUACUAAUUCCCUUCUCCCAUUUUUUCUCCUCCACAUUUUUAUUGCCACCGAAGCCGCACUAAUUGUCGGUGGCGGUGUAGGCAUCGGCGGCGCCGGCGGCAUUGGCGGCGGCGGUGUCUGGAUCGGCGGAGGAAGAAUCACUCCUUCCGCUUCAGACAUGAACAGGGCAUACAAUGCCCUCCAGGCAUGGAAAUCCGCCAUUACAGACGAUCCACUCGGGGUUACAAAAUCAUGGGUCGGCCCGAAUGUAUGUUCUUACAGAGGUAUAUUCUGUUCAGAUUCACGGGAUUUCAUCGGAAACCCCGCCGGCAAAGUUGUCUCCGCCGUAGAUCUCAACCACGCCAAUCUGCAAGGAACCCUCGUCGGAGAACUCUCCUUCCUCACAGAUUUGUCCAUUCUCCACCUCAACAGCAACAGGUUCAGCGGCGGCGUGCCGUCGUCCAUCAGAGAACUCACUUCCCUCACCGAACUGGACCUCAGCAACAACCGCUUCUCCGGCCCUUUUCCGGCGGCGGUGCUCUACAUUCCCAACCUCGUCUACUUAGACAUCAGGUACAACUCAUUCUCCGGCCAAAUCCCGGAAGAUCUGUUCAACAGGAAACUCGACGCCAUAUUUCUCAACAACAACGAAUUCUCCGGCGAACUCCCCCAGAAUAUAGGGAAUUCUCCGGCGUCCGUGAUAAACCUGGCGAAUAAUAGAAUCACCGGGAAUAUUCCUUUCAGCUUGGGGUAUAUGGGGAUAAAGGAAAUCCUGUUCCUCAACAAUCAGCUGACCGGUUGCAUACCCGAAGGACUCGGUAUGUGGAACGAUUUGCAGGUUCUUGAUGUGAGUUCGAAUUCUCUGAUGGGCCACUUGCCGGAUUCAUUGUCUUGUUUGUCUGGGAUUGAGGUUUUGAAUUUCGCGCACAACAAGCUGUCCGGGGAGUUGCCGGAUUUGGUAUGUUCUUUGCGGAGCCUCUUGAAUUUGACGGUGGCGGCCAAUUUCUUCUCCGGGUUGAGCCAAGAUUGUAAUAAGCUGUUUUUUCGAAAUGUGGGUUUUGAUUUCUCGUUUAAUUGCAUUCCCGGGAAGGAGAUGCAGCGGCCGGAGCCGGACUGCUCGGCGGUGCACGGCGGCGGGCUCAGUUGUCUGAGGAUUCCGUCGCCGCCGAGGCCCCUUGCCUGCGGGAGGUUGAUUGGGGCCCACAUUACGGCGAGUUCAGUCCCGUGACGGCGGAAAGCGUGUUUUGUGUUUUGAGGAUGCAAAGUGACGACUUUUAUGUUAGUGAAAAAUAGGGUAUGCAGGUAUUAAUUGGGUGUGUCCCUCUCACUAAUGUAUUAUUGGCUAUCUUUUGGAUAAGACCUGUCGGAUAGUUGUAGUUGAAAAUUGACAAAUUAAAUUAUGUACCAUAUUUUGGUUGUGUUUAGAGAGCCAUGUGGAAUUGGGUUUUUAAUUCCUAUUAAUGUUUAUAAGUCAAAGUUUGGA